GAAGCACUGCAUUUUCAGCUGAAAACGAGCUAGGAUAGUCGGGAUUCGCAUAUCCAGGAGGUAAUCCCGGUAUGGGGGACAUGAAGACCCCAGAUUUUGAUGACCUGUUGGCAGCAUUUGACAUUCCUGACAUAGAUGCCAAAGAGGCCAUCCAGUCUGCCCCAGAUGAGGCAGAGGGACCCCAUGGAGCUGCAGGUGCACCUCUUGGAAAGUCAGAUAGCGUGGUGGGCGUUGGGUCAUCCUUGAGACCGCCAAGCCCUGCAGACCCCCAGGCGGACACCUCAAUUGUUAGUGUAAUUGUGAAAAAUAAAGUACGCCUUGAGACUGCAGAUGGAGGAGAGGGAGACACAGACCAGGACCCUAUCGAUGUGAUCGCAGGGGUGGAUGCGGGUCCCAGACUUGGUGCGUGUGCCCCUGGGUUGGGUGAAUCUGAGGCUCUUAACCACAACGGUUUUGGGACGUCUGGUGUUUCCACUCCCCUUCCCCUCAGUCAAACUCAGUCUAACGGAGCGCCCUGGUCAAUGAACACCCCUAAAGUGUCUUCAGAAAUAGCAGGCGCAGGUGCAGGCAAGUCACACAAACAGGGCGGUAACAUUUUCAACAGACUUAAACCGCUUGUGGCACAGGGGUCUGGAGAUCCAGUGGGCCGGGCUCGCAAAAUGCAGCUCCUACAGCAGCAACACCAGCAGCAGCAGGAUACAGGCCAAGAGAGGGCAGACGGUGUCAAAGCAUCAUUACCUUCAUCUUCCUCUCUGUCCGCUGGGUCGUCUCCUCUGGCUGCAGGUGGGGCUGUCGGACUAUCCUCACCUUUCUUUCCCCCCUCCAAGCCUCUGCUUCCCACUCCACCCUCUGCCCUAUCAUCACACCCUUUGCACUCAUCUCAGCCUUUUAACGGAGCACCCAAAGGUGGCCCUGCUGGAUUUCAGCACCAGCAGAUGGAGGAGGAGGAUUCUGACCCUGAUUUGGGGAGUCCACUGGUGAUCCAAGAGAGCCCUGACUCCCCAACUUGCACUCAGCUGAGCCGGCGCUACAAGCCUGACCCUGUCUCAACGCAGCCCACAUCCUCUGCUGCAUCUCAGCCUAAACCUGGAGACACUCCUUCAGGGGCAUCUCUGACAUCAUCAACACCCCAGUCUGGCUCCACAGAGAGUCCUCAGCUGGAGGACAGGCAUCCUGAACACGUCAUAGAAGAGAGAGACUCGCCAGAAAGUCCUGAACCGGAGAUGCCAAAAUCUACUGCUCAAGUCGCAACAAAAAGGUGCUCCAGCCCUGCAUUGGCCUCCACUCCACCUCCUCCUGAACUUCGGGAACCCAAAGAGGAGGAGGAAGAGAUGGAAUUGGGGAAUAAGAUAGAGAAGGCCGCUGAUGGCAAAGGUGACAAGGGAGAAAAUGGAAGAACGAGUGAGGAGAAAAUGGAAGUAGAUGACGGCAAGCCUAAACCUCUGUCCACUGAUGGAGGAGAAGCAGCUGCUGCACCUGUUGCUGCUGCUGGAGCUCCAGCCCGACCCCUCAAAGUCAGAAUAAAAACAAUUAAGACCUCCACAGGUGGAAUCACCCGAACGGUCACAAGGGUAGCAGCUAAAGGUGGUGCUAAAGGUCUGGACCCUAAAACUGGGGAACGUAAGGUGUUGGGAAACAAGGCGCAAAAACUUGAAGCGUCCCAAGGUCACAUGACAACAACUUCCCAGAAAGUAACUGCUCUCAAUGCUCUGCCUGUGUCUACACUCGCAGCCAGCAGCGUCAUGCUAGCGGCUGCCACGAAGGUCCAAAACAAAAUGGCUGCGUCUGACAAGGCCAAGGUUUCUGCCACUGCUGUGAGCAUCACUAAAUCUGCUGCCCUGCCUGCGACCCCCGCUGUGGCCUCCUCUCCCAAGUUCUCAGUGGCUGCAGGUGGGAUCAGUGUACGUACAUCCAGUAAUAAGACAGCUAACGGAGGCAGUGGCACCAUCAUUGGUGGUACCCUCCAGCCCAACAAACCAGCCUCCAUAGUCAACAGCACAGGCGCCGUCAUCUCCCGCAGUCAGUCGAGCCUGGUGGAGGCUUUCAACAAAAUCCUGAACAGCAAGAACCUUUUGCCGAGCUACAAGCCCGACCUCUCAGCACCUCCACCACCUGAGUGGGGUCUCCCGCUCCCAGCCACAGGGUACCGCUGCCUGGAGUGUGGAGACGCUUUCGCCCUGGAGCGCAGCCUGGCUCGACACUAUGACAGGAGAUCUCUCCGCAUUGAGGUGACCUGCAACCAUUGUGCAAAGAGGCUGGCCUUCUUCAACAAGUGCAGCCUGCUGCUGCAUGCCAGGGAGCACAAGGAACGUGGGCUGGUCAUGCAGUGCUCGCACCUCGUGAUGAGGCCAGUCACUGUCGAGCAGAUGAUUGGACAGCAGGACAUAACACCCAUCGGUGUCUCCUCUUCUUCUACCACACCCGCCGCCUCUGCCAACUCCAGCCCACUGAAAGACGCUUCAUCCCCGGCAGCAGCUCAGCCAAGGACGGUCCGCCGCGCACCUCAAGGACCCCAGGCACUGAUGCCUCUGCCUUGCAAGAAGGCAGAAGGGCUGCAGUACAACAGCUUCAAAUGUCCAGAGUGCCAAACACAAUUCUCCGGCAAGGCAGAGCUGGUCACCCACUUCCAGCAGAUCAGAGCGGCUCCCAACUCAACGUGUACGCAGUGUUCACCCCCCAUGAUGCUGCCUAACUCGUGUGCAGUGUCAGCCCACCAGAGGAUCCAUAAACACAGAGCGCCUCAUGUCUGUCCUGAGUGUGGGGGGAUCGCCCGGCAGGCCAGCUUCCAGACUCAUCUGGAGGAGGCCUGUCUGCACUUCGCCAGGCGUAUCGGAUACAGGUGCUCGAGCUGCCAGGUUGUGUUUGGAGGGUUGAACUCCAUCAAGUCCCACAUCCAGACCGCUCACUGCGAGGUCUUUCACAAGUGCCCCAGCUGCCCCAUGGCCUUCAAGUCCGCACCCAGCGCCCAGAGCCACAUCAGCACCCAGCACCCAACGCUCACUGGAGGACAGGCCAAAAUGAUCUACAAGUGUGUGAUGUGUGAUACGGUUUUCACCCAGAAACCCUUGCUGUACAUGCACUUUGACACUCACUUAGCCAAGCAAAAAGUGCACGUGUUCAAGUGCCCUGACUGCACCAAGCUCUACGCCCAGAAAGGAUCCAUGAUGGAGCAUAUUAAGACGGCUCACAGAGGCCCUUCAGCCAAACAGACAGAGUCUCAGUCCGAAGCCUCUAACCCCGCUUCGGCCCCCGCCAACACAUCCGGCUCCUCUGGCCUCAAAUCCAAAUCGGCUGGAAAACCUGACAACUCCGACGGAGAGGACUGGGGUCGGGAUCAGGAGGAGGAAGAAGAGGAGGAAGAUGACGAAGAAGACGAUGCUGACGAUGACUACGAAGCUCCAGGUGGUAAUGCGACCGCCCCGGGGGUUAGCAGUCAACCCCCCGCCCCGACUGAGUGGACCUGCCCUCAGUGUCAGACCACCUUCACUGACAACGACGACUAUCUGAGUCACGUGAAGACGGAGCAUGGCAAGUUCCCUUGUCGUAUUUGUGGAGGCACGUUCAGCACGUCUUCCAGCCUGAGACGCCACGAGCGAGUCAUUCAUGAGGGCAACAAGAGGGUCUUUCAUUGCCAAUAUUGCACAGAAGGCAAACGCACCUUUGGUAGUCGGUUCUUAAUGGAUAAACAUAUCCGGCUCCAUCACAGAUCCACAGACGGACAGGACAGACCCAUGACCAGGAAGCGAGCAGCGACAGGCGGAGAAGGACCCGGCAGCUCCUCGGAGCAGGACGGCGAGGGCGGCCCUCCCGGAGCCCGGGCGGGGGACGAGGAAGAAAACACUGAGGACGGUGAGGAGGUCCCUCCAGGUCCCACCGGUCCUGCAAAGAGAACCCGGCAGUCCAUUGCAUCCACAUCGUUGGCACCCAACGAGCUGGAAGAGGAAGACAACAUUUUCCGCUGCGUUCCUUGCGGUUUCUCCACCGAGGAUGGUGCGGAGUUUCAGCGCCACAUUCCCCAGCACCGGGCCGACACCGCCUCCUUCCAGUGCCUGCAGUGCGGCGUCUGCUUCGCUUCCGCGGGCUCUCUCAGCAGGCACCGCUUCAUCACUCACCGCGUGCGGGACAACCAGGGCGACGCAGACCGUGGCACCCCGCGCACCCACGGCUCCCCCGACGGCUCGCCCGGAGGCUCCCCUCAGGUGCAGGGUGAGGACGGAGACGGGAAUCUGAGCUGCAAGGUGUGCGGCCGGCGUUUCGACAAGGCCUCGGACCUCAACACCCACUUCAGGACCCACGGCAUGGCCUUCCUCACCGCACACAAGACAGACAAGCCCCAGUAGAGGGCGGGGGGGGGGGCUCUGAGACUGACAGAUCAUCUACUACGAGGAGUCCACAGGAUGUAGAAUAUGAAUGUUAAUCCUGAGAAGAAACAGCUGCUUCCCGUGCAGUUCUUUUUUAGCCACCAUGAACAGUUUUACUCUAAUCUACAGCACCUCUUCUGUGCGAUUGUAACUGCAUGUUUGAUCAUGUUACUGAACACACACCUGGGAUAGACUCCUUGGUGGAAAGGCUCUCAAACGGCCCCGAGUAAAGCAUUUAUAUAUCAGCCAUACUGUUUAAUACGUUGUGUCCUUCCAUUUCACUCUGCACUGACUGUAGCCACAUGCCUGUUUUUCCAUGUAACACUAAUAUACCUACGCCUCCCACUGUAUCCGGACAGCUGUAGUGCCGAUAUUUUUGUACCUGACAUUGUUUGUUUAUUCAUACGUUCGUCCAUGUUCAUUUUUAUCCAGCAUGAGAUCAUUUUUAUUGUUUUAAACUGAUCUCAAGACGCAUGAAAAGGGGGAGAAUUUAACACAGAUUUUCAUGUUGCUAUAAUAUUUAUUUAUACGAAACACAUUACUGCUGUUGGUAUUUGUGUAAGUCGAACAUGUUGAGAUUUACCUGCAGCAGAGACAUGACAUCUCUGAAGGAAGUCCUUAGACUAGGUUACUGGAGGUCUGUAACCUGUGUAGUGUGAAUAAUGUGUGUUGUUAAUCGUUAAGCUAGAAGAAGAAGAGAGGUCAGGCUUCCUGCCAGUAGAAUAUGUGUACGUUUAGCCAUGUAAAUACAUAUUACACUAAAAGAAAGCGUUCUGGUUUUAGUAACUUGCUAUGAUAAUGUGAAUACGUAUAGUAUUUGUACUUGUACUGUUCCCUUUCUUUUCAAAAAAGUUUAAAAUAAUUCCCCCUCAGAGGUAGCUAUACGUUGUAUUUACAAAGCGGAGGGAGAGCGCGGGGUUGUGUUGUCUUAAUGUGUAUGAAUACAAAUGGUUAUCUCUUUGAGACAGUUUUUUUAUCGACAGAAUCAGUGCUUGCUGUACUCACAUUUCUUUUAUAUGUUUUUAAAAGCAGCCUUCAUGGUCGUGUGACCGAGGCCUUCUUUUGUUUGUAUCUUUUAUAUGUCAUGAUAUCAUAUUUAUAUAGCUCAAUAGUGGAAGGUCUUAUGUCUUUUUCUUUUCCAUGGUUCUGGUCUGCUUGCCAUACACUUUGUGCUGUUUUGAAAAUAAAUGUGUAAAAGAGA